UCGAGAGAUCAUGAAAAGAUCUACAACAGAAUUCUUCUCCACUUCUCUUCUCCUCUUAUUCUUUCUUACAAAUGGAGUGCUCGGAGGAUCUCAAAAUAAAAGCUGGAAUUCCUCUUGCGGUGUCCUUGUCGAUAUCCACUACCCGUUCCGCCUACAAAGCGACCCAGAGUGGUGCGGUAAGCCAGAGUUUGAGCUCAUCUGUGAAUCAGGAAAAGAUGCAGUCUUGCAUAAGUUGUCAUCCACAGACAAGUACUUGGUCACCGAAAUAUCAUAUAAUCAAUCGCGCUUCAGGCUCGUCUAUGCCGGUUAUGCCACAGGUUCUAAUAAAUGCGUUCUUCCCAGUGCACCCUUCCCCCUAAAUACACUUUUCCGCAGCAAAAUAAUGUUCCUUCGGGCCUUAAUUGAAUUUCGUUACAAUAAUCCUACAUAUGCAGACUGGCUUACACUUAGUCAGAUUGAAAAUCCUAAUGGAAGAUGGGCUAGUUUUAUGAGCUGCAAACAGGAAAUUCAUAGCGAUCUUUACAAGCCCAUCCAUUGUCUUACUGGGGAGAAUAGCUCGACAACAUAUGCCAUCGUUGACGACGAUGCAUAUGCAAUAGGCAACCUCAACAACUCAUGUAGAUUCGUAAACUUAUUUCCAGUUGACCUAGAUUCCUAUUACAGUCUUGACAUGGAUGUAUUUGAACUCCUGGCAAAAGGAGUCUGGAUUGGAUGGGAUUUCACACCCUUUAACGUUUUCGAGUACUGUUGGAAAGACUUUUGGUCAGAUGCAUAUUAUUAUUAUUCCAGCGACUUGACAUGGCGGAUAUUCGUUACCCUCUUUGGCGAAUUGGAAUUUUUAAGUUGCGUCUACUCGGCGGACAGUGCGCGCAACCAUAAUCACGUUAUCUUCGGUUUUACAAUGGUCUUAGUCAUUGCACUAGAUUUAGCUCUUUGUCUGCUAGUUUGCAGAUUUGUGAUGCCACCUCUAUCAAUUUAUGCAUUCCUCGCAUACAAUUAUUGGAAGACAAUUAGAAAACCCAUCGACUCAGUUGAAAAGUUUCUGCAAAUCCAGCAAACUCUAACUCCCACACGCUACGCCUACAGCGACAUCAUAGCUAUGACGAGCCACUUCAGAGAAAAACUAGGCCAAGGCGGCUUUGGUUCAGUGUACAGAGGAUACAUUCUUGGUAAAUUCCCUGUUGCCGUCAAGAUGCUUGUCGGCAGCUCCAAGUUCCACGGCGAAGACUUCAUCAGCGAGGUCUCCACGAUCGGCAGGAUCCACCACAUCAACGUGGUGCGUUUGGUUGGGUUUUGCUCCGAGGGAUCAAAGAGAGCACUCAUCUACGAGUACAUGCCCAAUGGCUCGCUCGACAAGUACAUCUUCUCUGCCAACAGGGGAAACACGUUCACUGUCGAGAAGCUCCAUGAGGUGGCCCUGGGGAUUGCUAGAGGCAUCAACUACCUCCAUCAGGGCUGCGACAUGCAAAUUUUGCACUUCGACAUCAAGCCCCACAGCAUCCUCCUCGAUCGCAACUUCAUUCCCAAGAUUUCAGACUUUGGGCUUGCAAAAUUGUACCCAAAGGACAAGAACGUAAUAUCCAUAAGCGUUACCAGAGGCACGAUAGGAUACAUAGCACCCGAGCUGAUAUCGAGAAAUUUUGGGAUCAUAUCAGACAAGUCGGAUGUCUACAGCUUCGGAAUGCUGCUAAUGGAGAUGGCCGGCGGGAGACAUAAUGUAGAUGCGAGAGCUGAGAACACCAGUCAGGUUUAUUAUCCUUCUUGGGUCUACGACAAACUUGUUCAGCUGCAUGUAAGUGAGAGCAGUCAUGAUAUUGAAGAGAUUGUAAUCAGUGAAAUGGAGAGAAAGUUGUCCAUGGUGGGACUUUGGUGCAUCCAAAUAAAGUCAAGUAGCCGGCCAUCCAUGAGCAGUGUAAUAGAGAUGCUUGAAGGAGACGUGAAUGAUAUACAGAUGCCACCCAAGCCUUUCUUUUCCUCAGUAGAGCCAAGUCUGAGAGAAUUAGAAUUCUCCUCCACAAUUUCAUCUUCUGGAGAAGAAGAACUACAUGAUCAGCAGCAUACUUUACGUCCCAACCAUUCCGGAUUGGCUUCAUCUUCUAUACAACUAUCUGUCAUCUUAGAGCAUUCUUAAACUUAAUAUCUGCAAGUUAAUAAUAUUGACUCUUAUGUAAUAAGAACUAAUAAAUAAUUAAAAUUUUACAUAUGAGAUGAAGUAGAUAUUAUCUCUAUUCGAUGCUCCCAACUGAGUAAUAAUAUGUUGUGACAAUUUAUUA